AGGGUGUUUACGUGAUUAUCCUGCUAACCUCCUCCCUAUAAACUCAAGCAUUCUCGAGUCAUGCAACUCUAAACACGAACACAAUGGACAGGAUUAGCGUAUGUUUGAUGAUCUUCUCUCUCUGCCUGCUUGCUACUGCCGCUGCCCAACAGUGUGGAAGACAAGCCGGUGGCAGAACAUGUCCCAACAAUCUUUGUUGUAGCCAGUUUGGUUAUUGUGGGACAACUGAUGACUAUUGCUCACCCUCCAAAAACUGUCAGAGCAAUUGUCAAUCGGGCGGUGGUGGUGGCGGGGGCGGGGGCGGGGGCGGGGGGCAGAGUGCCUCUAAUGUGAGAACAACGUACCACUUCUACAAUCCUGAGCAGAAUGGUUGGAACUAUAACGCUGUUAGUGCAUAUUGCUCAACAUGGGAUGCCAACAAGCCGUUGGCAUGGCGCAAGAAGUAUGGUUGGACUGCCUUUUGUGGACCGGUUGGGCCUCGUGGGCAAGCCGCUUGUGGCAAGUGCCUGAGGGUCACAAACAGCAGGACAGGAGCACAGACAACAGUGAGAAUUGUAGAUCAAUGCAGCAAUGGAGGUCUAGAUCUGGAUGCAGGAGUGUUUAAAAAACUAGACACUGAUGGAAGAGGAUAUGCCCAGGGCCACCUUAUGGUUAACUACCAGUUUGUGAACUGCGGAAAUUCGUUGGUUGAAGCACUAUUCAAUUUGUUUUGAUGUACAAGCAUGAUCAUUCGUAAUAACCAAAUCACUUCUGACAUUAAAUAAAGAUUGCCAUUUGUCAGAGAGAAAUCGGCACUUGGCCUCUCUUUUUGGUUUUUUUUUUUUCCUGCCCACUUUUAAAUGAAAUUCAUGCAUAGAUCUGAGCCUUAUUUGA